GGGAAAGCGGGGGAAAGAAAAGGAGAAGGCAGAAAGUGGUGAUGUUUGCACGCACGCGUGGGAUGGUAGUGAACCCAAAGGUCAAUGCCGAGCCCGUGCCGUCCCCUUCUUCCCCUCCUCCUGCUCCUGGUGCACCCUUUCACUCUCUCUCCUCAGCCUCCUGCUCCUCGACCGAAAGCAACAGUCAGCCGCAAGACAACAAACCAAAGGGAUCCAAUGCACCCUCUGUACCAAAAGCAAAUAGGGAAAGAGAGAGAGAGAGAGAGAGUGGCGUAUACAUAUAUAUAUCUAUAUAUAUAUAUAUAUAUAUGCAUGCUCCACAUCUCUCCCUCUCUCUCUCUCACAUACGCACACAAACAGACUCUCUGCUGAGGCAGCUGUUGCCCGCCUCCGGCAGUUUCUUUAGAUUUCUUAGAGCGAGAAACUGGAGUGGAAGAAAGGGAAAGGGAAGCCUUUGGUUCUUCAGAGUCGUUUUCGGCCUAAUCCGAUGCCUCCGAACAUCAUCAGAGGGGUCGAUGGUCUGCCCAAAGUCAUCUUGACGGAGCCCGGAGGAUCAUCCGCAGAGGUGCUUCUUUUUGGGGGGCAAGUUAUAUCUUGGAAAAAUGACCGUCGUGAAGAAUUGCUUUUCAUGAGCAGCAAGGCAAUUCUGAAGCCACCAAAUGCCAUUAGGGGCGGAAUACCCAUAUGUUUUCCCCAGUUUGGGAAUUUUGGAACAUUAGAGCAGCAUGGCUUUGCAAGGAACAGGAUGUGGUCUAUAGAUGAUUGCCCUUCACCAUUGUCACCUGCAAAUAACCAAUCAUCUGUUGACCUGAUUCUGAAGUCUACAGAUGAGGACUUGAAGACUUGGCCACGGAGGUACCAGAAACUUCUUUCUAGAAGAUGUAGCUUUCUUAUCAUAGAAACCCUGCUAAUUACUUUAAUAAUCUGUUGCAGCUUUCAGUUGCGACUUCGUAUUUCACUGGGUCCUGGUAAGCUGACUUUGAUUCCUCGAGUUCGCAAUACAGACAGUAGACCCUUUUCCUUCACAUUUGCAAUUCGCAACUAUCUGUCUGUUUCGGAUAUCAGUGAAGUUCGUGUGGAGGGUUUGGAGACUUUGGAUUACUUUGACAACCUUAAACAAAGGCAAAGAUUUACUGAGCAGACGGAUGCUGUCACCUUUGAUGGAGAGGUAGACAGAAUCUACCUAAGCACCCCAUCCAAGAUUGCAACCAUUGACCAUGAGAAAAAGCGAACCUUUGUUUUGAGAAAAGAUGGAUUGCCUGAUGCCGUUGUUUGGAAUCCGUGGGAUAAGAAGGCCAAGGCACUGCCUGACUUUGGUGAUGAAGAUUACAAGGUCAUGCUAUGUGUCGAUUCAGCUGCUAUUGAGAACCGGAUAGUUCUUAAGCCUUGCGAGGAAUGGAGAGGCUGUCAAGAGCUGUCGACAGUUCACUCCAGCUACUGUAGUGGUCAGCUGGAUCCUUGGAAAGUUAUUCAUGGCUAACCUGGUUCCAGACACUUGAAUGGAUAACCUUAUGUCAUAGUGUUGAGUGUUACAUAAAUGCUUGUAUCUUUACGUUUGUAUUAUUAAUAUCCACAGCAUGGUGUUCGAUA